CCCCCUUUCAGCCCCCCUCUGCAUUGUUGAAAGGGGCGGUCUGGAAAGAGUCUAUCCUGCGGUGUGUGUGUGUGUGUGUGUGUGAGAGAGAGAGAAAGAGAGAGAGAGAGAGAGAGAGAGAGAGAGACGGUGGCUCUUCUUGAUGCGCACAGUGUUGUGACCGUGGAGGAGCGUUAUUGUCACAGUGCGCGCAGCCAAACAACCGUCUGAGCAUUACGCAUAAAGGGAUAAAGAAAGGCAAAAACAACAUCCAGCCAACAAGAUGUCGAAGGUGGAAGGAGGAAUGAAAUGCGUGAAAUACCUUUUGUUUGUGUUCAACUUUACAUUCUGGUUGAUGGGAUCAUUUGUCCUGGCAGUGGGACUGUGGCUGCGUUUUGACCCAGAAACUGUGUCUCUUCUCAAUGGUGAAAAGGCUCCAGACACUUUCUUCAUUGGUGUCUACAUCCUGAUCGGUGCUGGCAGUCUGGUGAUGCUGGUCGGUUUCUUUGGUUGCUGUGGAGCUGUUCGGGAAUCUCAGUGCCUGCUGGGUUCAUUCUUCGCCUGUCUGUUGAUCAUCUUCGGUGCGGAGGUGGCAGCAGGGGUGUUUGGAUUCUUAAACAAAGAAAAGAUUAUCAAAGACGUUCAGACCUUCUACACAACAACCUACAAUGAAAACAAUAACGGCACAUUGAUCAUCUCAUACCAGAACGUACUGAACUGUUGUGGAACCAUAGAAAGCCCCUGCCCUGAUCCUCCAGCAGAUACUAAGGACUGUGAGACGGGCAUCAAGGAGUUCUUCAACAGUAAACUCUACAUCAUUGGAUACGUGGGCAUCGGCAUUGCUGGAGUCAUGAUCAUUGGGAUGAUCUUCAGUAUGGUGCUCUGUUGUGCCAUUCGCAACAGCAGGGAGGUCAUCUAAGCUUGACCCUUGACCUCUACCCCUCCUGUACCCAGCCCCGAAAAGACUGUACAGCCUCCAGAUCACAUGUCAACCAUCAUCCAUCCAGGGACCCGGGAAAUAGAUCCUGUUCAAAAAAAAUCAUUUCCACUAUAUGGUGCUCAAACCAGUUCUGCUGGCCUGAUCGACCACUAUUUUUUCUUUAUUUAUUUGCAGUUACAUAGCAUGCUCGACCUUUCAUAACAUUCUGAUAAGACUAAGACCACACGGCCAGUGGGAACAGUAGGAUUUCUGAUGAGCUGACAAUCUGUCAAAUUGUUUUUUCCUCAUGGCCAUUUGGUAACCAUUAUAAAUGUUAUCCCACAUACUGCCGCAGUAGUGUCAAUGCUUUUUCACACAGCCUUGACACUGACCCCUUGGCUGUGGGAAACGUUGGCUCCGAGAGAGCAAACCGAGAGGUGAAAGCAGCUGAGUUUGCUUAUCUGUGCACACACAACACGUACGUGAACACGCACAGACACACAAGCACAGCAGUGUUGUGUUACGUGAGACCACAGCCUUAAAAAAGGUUGUGUGGAAUCUCGUAGGGUUUCCCGAUUGGUGGAAUCAGAGUGGGGUGUCAAGAGAGGGAAUGGCAGGCGAAUGUUUCGGGCAUGCAUCCAUCAUGCAGCACCAGUGCUCUUACUCACACACAUACAGUAUACACACACACACACACACACUCUGUAUGAACUGUACAAUCAACACAGAUUGCUCUCUCCAAACAAAUCUGCAGUUAUCGUAAAGGAAUAGUUCAACAUUUUUGAGAAUAUGAUUAUUCGCUUUCUUGCCGAGAGUUGGAAUCAUUAGGAGAUUGAUAGCACUAUCGCUGAGCAUCUCCUCAUCUAACUCUUGGCAAGAAAGUGUAAAGUAUAUUUCCCAACUAUUCCUUUAAACAACUACGUUAUGCCCACAUUUUAGUCCAUUUACAACUAAUCAUGCAUACUUUAUGUUUUUCGAACAAUGCUGCAAGUCUAUAUGGUGGAUUACACAACUCAAGCAAGUCUUCUAUGAAACAGAAAUGAAUUUAAAAAACUGCCUAGAGUGGAAAUUCAAAAAUCUAAAGCGCACACCAGCUGAACUAAAAACCAAAUUCCCUCUUCGGCUCCUUGUAUUUAUAGGCUAUGCUCUCUUAUGUAAGACAGUAUACUUGAGUCUCUCUAUGUUAACAGGAUCAUGUGGACGCAUGUGGAUGUUUACAGGCUAAAUAUAUGCUAGCCGGUCAACUGAGAAUAGGCAGUGUGGCUGUGAAAUUUGGUUAUACACGCCAGGCCUGUGAUCUCUUCCCACCUCCAUCCUUUCCCCCCCUCCUCUGUGCCUUAAAAUUACACCACCCACAACAAAACAAAAACUGAAAGUGACCCCUGUAUUCCUCUCAGCUCAUCAACCUCAGCUAGAUAAGAGAAUCACUUCCAUUUGUCCAGGUUCAAUGUUAAUUCUGUAGGGUUUAUUACAGGACUCUGGUGUGUAAAUAUGUGUGAGUUUUCUUGUAGUUGUACAUUAUUUGUGGUUGAUGUGAUAGUUUCUAUUUAACAUGCUGUGUGUAGACAGAGGCCUGCAGUAGUUGUACAGUGUUCAUGUAGUCAUGACCGUGUUUUAAUCAAAGCAAAUCCACGCAGCUUCUUAAUGUGCCUUUCUUUGAUAACAAGCGAUUUUUUGAACAACGGGCUGUCUGAACGUAGCAAAAGAUCGUAGCAAAACGUGUACAUAUGUUUGUAGAGUUGGACUGCAAUUAAUUGUCACACACAUUCGACUUGCCAUUAUUGUUUUGGUGUGCUUUAAAGUGUCACACUCGGCUGUGUCUUCUCUGCCAAGAGAGCUGAAGUGGUGAAAGCAACUAUUUCUCUGCCAACUACUUCAAAUGCCUCUUGGUCAUUUUUUUUAAUUACAUUUCAGUGUAAUGUGACACAAGUGAGGAGACAAAAAAAAGGCUUUCUUACCACUCCAGCAGGCAGUGUUUACUCUGAGGAGUGAGGAGAGACAACAGAGUCACUAGACUGUCACUUCAGAGGCUCUGUGGAGUUAAAACAGGACGAACUGGGAACAGUUUAGUGCGACUCAAUCCACAAAGCUGUUGCUGUGUUGCUCAGUUGUAUUUGUUUGAGCAAAUAUGGAGAUGUAAUGUACUGUGCACGUAAACAAAAGACACUGUGUACAUAGUCGAGCCUUUCGUAGUUGAUUGUGUGUUAAUUUAUUUUAAUACCAUUCCAGGCUUCUCAGGAAGAUAGGUGUUUGAAGUAAAAUAAAGCUUCUAAAGUUUUA